CAUGCGCAGAAAGUGUGUUUUCAAACCGGUAGACGCGAUAGCGGCUUAGCAUCACGUUUGUUGUAUUUGUCAAGUUUAUCUUCCCUCAGUAGUUUCUCCAAUGGAUUUAGACAGUGGAACAUACGAGCCAGGAUUUGUCGGGAUUCGGUUUUGUCAAGAAUGUAACAACAUGUUAUACCCUAAAGAAGACAAGGAGAACCGUGUCCUGCUUUAUGCGUGCAGGAAUUGUGACUACCAACAGGAGGCAGACAACAGCUGCAUCUACGUCAACAAGAUCACCCACGAAGUUGAUGAGUUGACACAGAUCAUCGCUGAUGUAUCGCAGGAUCCAACCCUACCAAGGACAGAGGACCACCCCUGUCCCAAAUGCGGUCACAAGGAGGCAGUGUUCUUCCAGUCUCACAGUAUGAAGGCUGAGGAUGCUAUGAGACUGUACUACGUCUGCACGGCUCCUCACUGUGGACACAGAUGGACAGAGUAAAGCUGGUGAUGAUGAGGAAGUCUGACAUUUGCAUCUACAGUAAUGGUGUUUACACACACACGCUAAAACAAGCCUCUAGCUCCAGCUUCGAUACACAUUUUUAUUCCACCGUACUGGUCAGAAUUCUAGGUAAAUGUAAAUAUACUAUCAGUAGCAGUUUAUUGUCAAACAGCAGUACUGUUUAUGUUUGUAGACCUUGAAACCAUCUUUGUAUGACAUGUUUCCCAGACACCAUCUUGUGAAUAUAAUGUAUGAAUAGUUUUUUUUAACAGUUGUCAUUCACAGCUAUAUUUUGUUAGAUUAAAAAAAACAGUUGU